AGGCGGAAGCGCGGCAUUCAGUCCCAGGGUACACCGCGGGAAGAUGGCGGGUGUGCUAGAUAGGAGUUACAUAGAGAUCUGCGGCUUCGAAAGAGAGUCUGUUUUACGAUUCAGGCAGAUCACACUGAAUCUGGGGGUUGGACUUCACUCUGGCGGUGUGAAGUAUGCAGACAGUGCAGGGGGAUUCUCAUAUGAGGACAGCGGGAAGCUCCUCUCAGUCACCAGCAAUAGAUUCAUCCACUGGUCCACCUCGGGUGACACUGUUCAGUUUGUCGAGCAAUCACUGGACACUAAUCUUCUAAAUAAUGCUGUCCGCCUGCGUAUCCCAAACUGUCUCUUGCUGCCUGGAGGAGUUUGCAUACAAGAGACCCUCAACAACGUCAUUAUUCUGAUCGUCACCAGCCAGUCGGUUCAUCGCCUGAUGCUGCCACACCCCACCCGCAUGUACCGCAGUGAUUUGGUCACUGAACUCCAAAUGCAGUCCAUUUUCACUGACAUUGGGAAGCUGAAUUUAAAUGAACCAGCCCAUAGUUAUGUGCUACCAUUUGCACAAGGAACACAAGCGACUGUUCCAUCCACAUCGGCCGCCUGGAUCAGUCAUCAGGGGGAGGCAGUGUUCGCUCUCGCCUCGCCCUCAGGAGGCAUAACUGUAGUUACCUUGCCUGCUCAUGAUCAGGAUGGGACUGUGUCCAUUCUGGAGUUGAAACAGAGUUCAAUGAUGCAGCGAUUGGCCGGCUGGAUGCCCACCGCCAUCAGGGGAGAUCAGAGCGUUUCUGACCUGGCCAUCAGUCUGGCUAUCCACCAGCUAGAAGAUGACACUUUCAUUUUUGCGCUGUGUCAGGAUCAUAAACUGCGCAUGUGGUCGUUUAAGCAUCAGAUGUGUCUGUUGGUCACUGAUAUGUUGGACUAUAUGCCCGCGGGUCGUGGGGACGUGAAGGCUUCUCCAGCACAGGCUCAUAAGCUCCGUCUCUUCUUUUCCUCCUCCACCGGCCUGUGUCUGGCCAUCUACCUCGCAGUGCCCAAAGGCAGUCAGUUCUGUGUGUUGCAGCUAGUGGCCAGUGACAACAGUCGCUACAGCCUGGAUCACAUCUCAUCACAGUUUACAAAGGAGGAGACGCUAGUGGAUUUUGUCUUGACGGCGACUGAUAUUUGGGCUGUUUGGCUGGAUAAUGACAACCAAACUGUGGUGAAGUACAUCAGCUUUGAGCACAAUGCAACAUGCAUGUGGAACCAGGUGUUUGUCCAGCCAUCACCAGAGGAGGAAGUUCACGUUGGCCAAGACCAAGACCCACGUGAAAUAUAUCUGGAUGUACUUUUUUCACCUCUGCGUUUCACGGCCUCAGCCAUCAUUAAAGCUUUGCAGAUUUACAAACGAGGUACAGAGCGAUAUUCUGACUUGUCAUGGGAGGAGCUAAAGAAAGAGGUUACUAUCACAGUGGAAAAUGAGCUUCAGGGCAGCGUGACCGAGUAUGAGUUCUGUCAGGAGGACUACCGUCUACUGCAGGUGGAGUUCUGGUCCAAGUUUUAUGCCUGCUGCCUACAGUACCAGGAUGUACUGGCCACACCCCUCGCCCUGCACAUCAGCCCUGCCACAGCCAUGAUCUGUGUCCUCAAGAAGGGCUUUUUGUCUUUCCUGUUACCCUGCUUCGCUGUUGACCAUCUUUACCUGUCCUCGGAUGAAUACCUGUUUUCUGAAGAGGAUACUCCAAUUGCUGAGGAUUCAAAUUUGAGCCGUGAUGUCCUUCAGCUCGUUCAGUGUCUCCGCAUGGUGAAUGAGUCUCUUCCAGAGGACAUGGCCUAUGAGAUGGAUAAAGCCCUCGAGGACCUGCUGUCUCCAGAGAAAGUGUCAGAAAAAGUAUUGGAGGGUCUUCUGGCCAGUGACAAUGGGAAUGUGAUUCAGGACAUUUUAAACAAAAUGCAAGACAUCAGUAACCCCACUGCUGCAAUAAACACGCUGCUGAGAGAACUAGACCUGGAGGCUGAUGCAGAGAACGACUCCAGGCCCACUGACUGUAUGGCAUAUUUCGCGAGAGAAGAGCGGCACCACCUCAGGAGGGAGGAAGACCAUCUCUUUUUAACAGGUCAGUCUCUAAGAGUGCGCAUUAGCCUCUCGCAGCUCUACGGCAGCAGUGUGGCUGCUAGUCUGGUCUGUCAAGCUGUGUGUCAGACCUCUAUGACCCGAACUCUGCUCUGCAGAGACCUGCUCAUCCUGCAGCAGCUGUACCUGCGAAUUGGAGAAAAUAUGUUUGUUCCAGGCGGUUCUCAGUUGCUGCAGCUCCAGCAGGACUUGAUUUCUCGAUGCUCUAGUCUGCUGUGCACAUAUCAUCUGCUCAAACAGAUGAGCCUGACGCUGUCCUCAUCAGUUCCACUUGACAUUCUAAAUGCCGAUCUUCAGCACCUGUCUGUUUUGGAGCUAUCCGACUCCACAACUCUUACAUCCGGUAGAUCAAUGUUAAAUCCUCCAACUGUGGUGGAGUUGUUCUACCAGAAUAUGGCCCGUAAAGCCAUCAUGACUCAGAUCUUCUCCCAGCAGGAUGUGGAGGGCAAUCAGGUCAUGUUGCACUGGCCACAAAUGAUCUCCAGUGUUGUGACACUACUCUGCCAGUUUCUCUGGCCCAGCAAUCCCAGUUUCCACUUUCCUGAAUGCCUGAUGAUAAACUGUCAGUAUGCACAGUUGCAGGAAUAUGUUCGGUUAGUUGGGCCCUGGUGCCAGGUUAAUGUGGGAUCCUAUCGUUUUGUUUUGGGUCAGUGCUAUCUGGCCAGUGGUGAGGGCCAGAAGGCAUUACAGUGUUUCCAGCAAGCAGCUGCUGAGGUGGAUAAAGAAGAGUUUUUAAUGAAACUCACAGGUUCAGACGAAGAGACUGCUGCUGCAACUGCUCCACGAUUACUUUAUUAUAACAAGGUUCUGAGGUUAUUGGAAGAUAUUGGUUUGCCAGAGCUUGUGAUUAAUUUGGCAACGUUGGCCAUAUCUGAAGCUGCGAAUGAUGAGAGAAGCCAGGCUGCACUGUGGACUCGUAUAUUCAAGCAUCAUCUGGAUCUUGGACACAACAAUCAGGCAUACGAGGCCCUGACGCAGAACCCUGAUUCUAGCAGGCAGCUGGACUGUCUCCGACAGCUGGUGGUGGUUUUGUGCGAGCGAGCUCAACUCCGAGAUCUCGUCCAGUUCUCAUUUGUUAAUUUGCAUGAUGAGGUGGUCAGCAUCAUUGAAUCUCGAGCAAGAGCUGUGGAUCUCAUGACUCACAACUACUAUGAGCUUCUGUAUGCUUUUCAUAUCAAUCGUCACAACUAUAGGAAAGCCGGUACAGUGAUGUUUGAGUAUGGUAUGCGUCUGGGCCGUGAGGUGCGAACUCUGCGCGGUCUCCAGAAGCAGGUCAACUGUUAUCUAGCUGCCCUCAACUGCCUGCGUCUCGUUCAUCCGGACUACGCCUGGAUUGUGCAGCCCUCGUCAGGAGCAGCGUAUGAGCGACCAGGUACAUCACCAAAAAGGAACUAUGAUGGUGAAUUUGCUGCAAAUCCAGUAAGUCAACAGAUCGACAUUCUUGAGCUAAAAGACUUGGAGAAGGAGUAUGUUCUUGCUCGGAGUAGACUGACAUUGGCUCAGCAGGACCCCCCCUCAGCCGCCAUCGCAGGAGGUGCAUCUUCACAAGAGAUGGUGGCUCUGCUGGUGCAAACAGGACUUUUCGACACAGCCUUGAUACUUUGUCAGACCUAUAACUUGUCUCUCACGCCCGUCUUUGAAGGACUGACCUUCAAGUGUAUCAAACUGCAGUAUAAAGGUGAUCAGGACCAGACUGAGGUGUGGAACUGGCUUGCAGCUAAUCAGUUGCCAACUAUUAUUACUACUAAAGAGUCCAGCGCGACAGAUGAAGCUUGGCGGCUCUUAGCUCAUUAUUUAGAGAAAUAUCCCUCACAGAACUCUCAAUAUCAUCAAUGUGUCAUCAACAAGUUGCUGUCACAUGGGGUGCCAGUGCCUGAUUGGCUGCUUAAUUCCUACAAGGAAAUAGAUGCUGCGUCAUUGUUGCGUCUCUAUCUGAACUAUGAUCAGUUAGAGUCUGCAGCUGAGCUCGUACUGGAGUAUGUGGAUGCUCUGCUUGGAAAGGGACAUCAGUAUUUUGGAAUAGAGCGGCCGCUCUCGGCUACAGCAUCCCUGGUAUGGCUUCCUUAUACAUCAAUCGAUCAGCUCUUAAGAAACCUCAGUGAAAGCCAGAUAAAUGAAAAGAUGUACAAGAAUCUGAAAGAUAAGCUAGCAGAGUAUCACCGUCUUGUGGAUCAGAGCAGCAGAAACAGACUUAUGGCCCGUUAACAGCCACCUGAAACUGCACUACGGACAUGUACUUGUUAUGAAUAAUUUUGGGGAAACUGCUGAAAAUGCAUUUGUACCAUUAAUUAUAUAAUAGAAAAAUGUGCAUUUUUUUAUAUAGACAUUGUGUGAAACAUCUUAAAUUUUGUAUGUUGACUUAACUGGUGUAAUUUAAAUAAGGAAUGCAAUAAAACAGUUGUCUAAUUGA